GAGAUGAUGAACCUGAGGAAGUAUGAUGGGGCACUUGGCCUGCUAAAUGCUGUGUUGGAAGUUGACCCAAGUUAUUCUGAAGCUUACAGGCAGCGUGCAUCAGUGCUCCGCCAUAAGUGCAGAGUACCCCGGGGGUGGGGUGUUGUUAAGCUAAAGUGCAUGGUAAGACGUGGCAUGCAAGCUAAUCAGGGUUGAGGUGAGGUUACAAGCCUCAAAAACAGAUUUGCAACCCAACUAUACUUUCAGCUUCUUUUGUCUUCAAACUUGCAAGUAGAUGAUUUUUUUCAUUUUGGUUUGGCAUUACAAGCAAGAAAAAUGGACUUCACACCUAUUAAAUAUAAUGGGGAUUCUAAUCCUGGUUUCGCAUCAUUGCCUCAACAUCUGAAAGAGGAGUCCCAUAUAAUGAAAUGGCAAGAGAACAUGGCUACUAAAAUACUUGUCAUCUUGCACAUGAUAACUUGUUUUGCUAUUCCUUAUUCCUUGCUUUUCUUAUGUGCAUUAUGUUUUCUAAAGUCCAGAUACAAGGAAGCUGAGAGCGACUAUAACAAAUACCUGGAGUUAAAUCCUGGGACUGCUACAGUGGAAAAAGAAUUGUCUCAGCUUCUGCAGGCUCAAAAUUCAUUACAGUCUGCUUAUGGCCAGUUUGAUUCCGGAGACUUUUCAAAAGUCCUGGAAUAUAUCAACAAAAUUGUGCUUGUCUUUUCUCCAGGUUGCUUGAAGGCAAAGCUUCUCAAGGCUAAAGCGUUGCUAGCACUGAAAGACUACUCAAGUGUUAUAUCAGAGACCGGAUUUGUUCUAAAGGAAGAUGAAGACAACUUGGAUGCACUGCUACUACGUGGCCGGGCCUAUUAUUACCUCGCUGACCAUGAUGUGGCCUCCAGGCACUACCAGAAAGGGCUUCAUCUUGACCCAGAGCAUUCAGAUUUGAAGAAAGCAUAUUUUGGGUUGAAAAAUCUUUUGAAGAAGAUCUUGUUGAUGCGCUUAUACAGGUACCCCACCAUUAAGAUUGGAAUCAAUGUUAUGAACCAGCUGGCACUUAUAAUAAUAUUGCAAUGGUUCCGCAUGUAAGAUCUUCAAUUUAAUAUGCACUGUUAGAGUGUUAGUGCGAUCGAUUGCAUGACUAGGUUACAUGGAUAUUGGAAGAUUUAUCCAUUAAUUUCAUAAUAAUUGAGUUGUGUGUUUGCACAAA